AUGGAUGACUCGAGGGUGGGCGUGCAGCGGAAAACCGGCCUCGCGCUGCACGGCCGCAGCAUCAGCGCCAAGGAGUCGAGCCGCGUGCUUCACGCCGGAGUCCACGCGGCCGAAACCCUCAACAAAAAUGUCGCCGUCUUCACUCACAACCAUGCGUACAGCCACUACCCGCCAACGGACGAACCGAACCUAGCUUCGGUCGACUUCCGAGCCUGGCUCGCGGACCAGGUCAAGUUCAGCCAGAGCCUCGUCAUCCCGCAAGUCCCGGAGAAGCCGAGCUUCCUCGAGUCGUUCGCGCCGUUCCGACUGUUAGGGCGCGUGGGGAGCAAGAAGGCGCAGUGCACGGUGGCGAUGCACGUGCACGGGGUGGACAAUUUUCCGAAAGACAUGGAGGGGAAGGAGCUCGUUGUGCAGUGGCUGCGGCGCGGCAUGUCGGUCGGCACGAGCCCCAUGGUGGUGCACCGCGGCGUCGCGCGCUUCGAGCAGACGCUGACGAUGUCGUGCACGAUGUUCUUCAACGCCGGAGCGCAGGGGACGGUGAAGUUCAAACGGAAACCGUCGACGCUCUGCGUGCAGAUGUUGAAGACGUCUGGGAUUGGCUACGUCGCGGAGCUUGGGCGGCAUUCCGUGGAUCUAGCGAAGCUGCUGCCCGCGUCGCUGCACGAGAAGGAGGAGGGGCAGCCCAUGACGCUGAGCUUUCAGCUCGCGGGAUUGGCGGAGGGGGCCGUCAUGGUCGCGACGUUCGGGUACGAGUUACAACUCGGCCGCGGCGUUACGUUUCUCGCGCGAGUUGACACCAAGUCGUUCCGCCUGUACGCCGCGACGGCGAUCGCGGCGGCGGCAGCGGCGGUGUCGCCGACCAGCAGCCCUCCGGGGAGCCCGCAGGCGAGUCCCCGCGGCGGAAGCGAGAAGGACGAAGCUUCGCCGAAGCAGAAGAAGAAGCUGUCGUUCUCCCUGUACCAAGCGCCGGCGGAUCGCUCCGCGGCGCCGCAGAGCGCGCGGAGCCAGGGGGACGCGCGCGGGACCCGCGCGGGCCCGCUGAUGCGCAUGAUCUCGGGCGGAAGCGCGAUGCGGACGGUGGUGGAGGAGGAGGAAGAGGAGGAGGAGAAGGAGAAGGUUGCGGUGAAGGAUACGCGCUCGGCGGGGGUACAGGCGCGCACGGACGGCAAGGGUGGGGCGAGCGGAGGGGGAGCCGGAGGGGGGACGGCGGAGAAGGAGGCGGAGGUGGAGGGUGAUGCGGUGGACUUGGCGGAUGUUUUGGCGGAAGGGGAGGGGUUAAACGACGAGGAGGAGGAAGAGGGAGAGGAAGACGAAGAAGAGAGUGAUGAUGAGGAGGAGGAAACCGAUGACGAGGACGAGGACGAAGAGGACGACGAGGAUGAAGAAGAAGAGGAGGAAGAAGGGGGAAGAGUGGAGGUGAAGAGGGUGAUGGGGGGUUAUGCGGUGCAGAGUGAUUCGGGGGAGGAGCGCACGGUGCGGGUGGACCCAGGCACGGGCACCAGCAGCGUCGCCACCACCACCACCACCUCGACGACGACCACCAGUGGCCGCGACGCGUCGCUCGAUUCCGCGAGUUCCGCGGGCGAGGGGGGGCGGUCGCGCAUGGCGCAGGCGAUGCUUGAGUUCGAGUGGACGCUGCAGGAGGAGCGGAGCGCGGAGGUGGCGGAGCGGAAGGUGGACGAAUCCGCGAAAGGGCUGUCUGGCGGCGACGAUUACGGUUACUCGCUGGGGCGCGAGUGGGCGAACGGGGCUGUGAAAGCGGCGGGGGAUGCGGCGGCGAAUGCGGCGGGUUUGGAGGAGGAGAUGGAUCUGGUAUCCGACGAGUUCCUCGAGCUGCUCAUGCAGUCCGGCGCGAUUGACGGCGCGCCGGGGAGUCUCGACGGGUUUGGCGGCGGAGAGGACGGGGAAGGGGAGGAGGGGGAGGAUGGACGGGAGGGGGGGCUGCUGGGCGUGGCGGAAGGGCUGCUUAGCCCCGCGCGCCAGGCGUCGAGCCGCGUGGGCAGCAACAGUUUUGGCGCGAGUGAGCGCGAGUGGAUGGAGGGUAGUGGAGAGGUGUCUUCUCACGCAGACGAGGAUGAGGAGGAGGAAGAGGAGGAGGACGAGGACGAGGAGGAGGAGGAGGAGGAGGAGGAGGUGGGUGAAGGCAUGAUGGCGUGCAAUGGUGUAGGGCGGGACGCAGGGCAGGGGGAGGAUGCGGGGGAGGGGGAGGGGGAGGGGGACGACGAUAUGCUGUCGAGCAUGUUGCGCGAGGCGGAGGAGGAGCAGCAGCGCGCGGAGAUCGAGGAGAAGAGCCGCCGCAAGGCGCGCCUGCUCGACUCGGAGGAGGAGGCCGCGCUCAUGCUGCGCUUCCGCGGCAACGCGCCCGCCGCCGCCGCCGCCGCUGCUGAGGUUCCCUUAGCUGCUGCCCCUUCUGCCGCACCUGCCGCCUCUGCUUCGGAACCCGCUGCGGCUGGCGUGCAGUCCGCAGCGCUGGUGGUGGCGGGGAGGGGCAGGGGCGCGCCCCCUGCUGCGGCCGCCGUUACCACUUCCUCGGCUCUUGCCGCGCCUGCGCGCAAGCGCUGGUCCACCGCAGGCCCGCUCGCCGUCGCUGGCAGCGGCGCGGGGAACGGCGCCGGGAGGGGCGCGGGGAGGGGCGCGGGCGCCAGUGGCGCGCUUGUGCCGAGGGUAGGGGGUCGGGGGGCGGCGGGCGGGGGAGCGGGCGGAGGCAGGGGGAGGGGGGGACGGCUGACGGUGCAGGAGAGAGUGCGGUUGAUGGAGGAGGAGCGCGCGGCGGGGAAGGAAGGGCGGGGGGGGAAGGGGUGGGAGGGGGAGGAGGAGGAGGCAGAGGCGGAAGCGAGGAGAAGCGCGAGCGCGGAGGCUUCCGGAACGUCGACUGCGCUCGUGCCAGCUGGCAGGGGCGCGGCGCGGCAGCUGACCACGUCAGCAGAGGUGGAGGAGGUGACUACUGGCAUCCCGCGGGCGCUCGUGCGGGGGGCGGCGGGGCCUCUGGGCAGCAGCGGGAAAAUCGGCGGAACGAUUGAGAUUAAGAUGAGCGGUAUUGGGCGCGGAAGCAGGGUUGGAGCAGGGGGAGGGGCGGGGCGAGGGGCGAGAGCUGCGCUGCCUGCGCCCGCAGAUGCAGCAGCGGCGGCGGAAGCAGAUGCUUGCACGGCGAUGGUGCCCGUGGCAGGGCCUGGCGGACUGGUGUCGGCGGGCAAAGCAGCAGGCGCGGGGAAGAAGGGGGGAGGUCGCGGAUCCUCUGACAGAGACGCGGUAGGCGCGGGGGCGAUGGUGCCCGUGGCGGGGCCUGGCGGGCUGGUAACAGCGGGCGGGGGGAGAGGCGGCGCAGGCGCGGAGAGAGGAGGAGGCGCACCAAGCGCAAUGACGCUGGCGGCGAUUCAGCAGGGCGCGCUGGCGCCAGGCGCGGGGUUUGGGGGAAUGCACAUGCCCUCGCGUGGCCCCUUCACGACGGUCAACACAGGCAGCAGCGGCGGCAUCAACAGCAUCAGCACGCGCAGCAGCGUGGGGGGAGUUACCGCCACCACCACCACCACAUUCUCCCCCUCCUUCCCCGCGUCCCCCUUCCCCCCGUCCCCCUUCCCCGGUUCCGCCUUCUCCCCCGGCUCCUUCGACCUCCCCCCGCUGAAGAGCCUCAACAGCGUGCUUGCGCCCACGUGCUCCGCCACGGGGCUGGCUUCCGCCAGCGCGGCGCUGUACGGCGGCGCGGGCGGGCUGGCGCAGCUGGGCGCGCUGCGCGGCGCGGACCCCAUGGUGCUGGCCGUUCCGCCCAGCAUGGCGCCCCCCGAGCUGGUGCAGGGCAUGGGGUCCGCGAUUGCGCUGCCUGGGGGAGGAUUCUUAACGUCCAUGUCGGGCAGACAUUUCUCUGAAGGGGCCAGCCGGCUGGUCAUGCAGUUUUCCCGUGCCGUUGUGGUACCCAAGGAGAUGUUCUCCCGUGCCGUCGUGGUACCCAAGGAGAUGGGAAUAGAGGGCGGUGACAUCAUACAGAGCAUGGCGGCUCUCGGGAUAGACGCGCUGUCGCAGCAGGCGCACAUGCUCAUGCCCUUGCCGGACGUCAGUGGCAAGGCGCUUGAGCAGAUGGCGGCAGAGGGGCUGCUGUUCCUGGAUGGGGCAGGGGGAGGGGGCUAUGAGGAGCACUUGAGACGGCUCGGCGCGCCUCAGAGGAGGGCCCUUGGCGCAGCAGCAGCAGCAGCAUUAGGGGGAGGAGAAGGCUAUCUGGCCCUGGAGGGGCGUGCAGGGGGGAAUUACUUGGCUCUAGAGGGAGGAGCAGGAGCAGCAGCAGGGAUGCAAGGCGGGCAGCUUGUGCAUGUAGGCGCGGGACAGCUGGCAACAGUGGGAGGAGGCUCGGCAGGAGCCUUGGCAUUAGGUAUGGGCGGCGGCUUGACGCCCGAAGCUAUGGCGGCGGUGGCUCGGCAGUCCGCCCUGGCUGGCACUCUGGUUCGGCUGCGGCGCCGAGGCAGGAUGAUAGCCGUGGCAAAGCAGAGGAUUAUGCAAAAGCAGCUUCUGCUGGAGCAGGGCGGAGGGGGAGGGGAGGGGGAAGCAUGGGAGGGCGCAACUGGGGGAGGCGGAGCUAAGGAGGGGCGGCUGGCUCUGCUAAGGCGGACGGCUGGGGAGUUAGCUGGUGUUGGCGGUGGGAAGGGAGGGAAGGGAGGGAACAAAGCGAACGGGGCGAACGGGGACCGAAGGUUGCUUGCAGGGGAUCUGUUUACAGAGGAGGAGGAUAUGGAGGAGGACUUGAAGAGGGAGCUUAUGCUGAUGGAGGACGAGGGGUGGGAGGAUGGCGAGGAGGAAUAUGUGCCGUUGGAUGAGCUGGGCGCGCUGGCGAUGGAGCAGAUCGAACGGAUGGCGUUGGAGGGGCUUAGAGUGCAGAACGACGCUUCUGAUUUGCUGGCGCCGUAUGCGAUUGAUCUGGGGAAGGAGGGUGGGGGCGGGGGUGCGUUGGGGAUGGGUGGGUAUGGCGCGUUGGGGAUGGGAGGGGGGGCGGGGAGGGGAGGGAUGGGGGAGUUGAUGUAUGGCGGGGGGGGAGCGGGGAUGCUGACAAAUGGGGGGUAUGGAGGGGCGGAGAUGGGUGCAGGGGGGGAUGAAUGGGCGAUGGUGGCGGCAGGGGGGGGGUCGAUGGGACUGGCGGUAUCAUUAGACGAGUGGCAACGGCUGGACGCUGGGAUUUUCGAGGACUUUGAAACAGAGGAUGACACUCUAGCGGUACUGCAGGCGCACUGUGCUGCGCAUGGCGCUGGCGAGAUGGUUCUGCAUGAUAUUGCGCGGUUGAGAACGGAUUUGGCGGCUGUGAGGGGAGGUGGGAUGGGUGGUGGGAUGGGAGCGGGACGGGGGCUUGCAGCGUGGGGAGGUGCGGGAGGGAUGGGGAUGAUGGGUAUGGGAGGGAUGGGGGGGAUGGUGGGUGGAAUGGGAGGAGGAGGAGGAGGGGGAGAUGGGGGGUUGAUGGGGGAUAAGGUGACAGUGGCGAUGCUGGUGCAGCUGAGGGACCCUCUCAGGAACUUCGAGCCUGUGGGUGCGCCGAUGAUGGCUCUGCUGCAGGCGGAACGAGCCCCCCCCGCUGCUGCUGAGGAUGAUGAGAAGAGCAAUGGAAAUGGUGUAGCAGCGCUGGAGGGAGGUGCUAAGGCGUUGCCAGGAGGCGAAGGAGUGAGGAGGAUCGCGUAUAAUCUGCACACAGGUGCAGCUGUGCGGCCCUCGGGAGGGCCGCUGACAGUGCGGAACGGAGUGAGCAAUCGGCGGAGGGAUGGGGAUCCGAUCGUGGAGGAGGUGGAUGAUGACGAGCAGUCCGGGGGGAAAGGCGGCGUGGAGAAGGCACGGUUUAAGCUGACAGGCGUGCACAUGAUGGGACUGAAAACCGAAGAGGCGGCGAAGAGGGGAUGGGGGAAUCAGAAGCAGGGGCAGGCAGGGUCGAGGUGGUUAGCGGCCAAUGGCAUGGGGAAGAAGGGAGCAGCUAAGCCUAAGAGAUCUACGGGGCCUGUCAAGCCUGCCAAGGUGACUGUACAGUCAGGUGACACUCUGUGGAGCUUGUCACAGAAGGUGCAUGGCAGCGGCACUAAGUGGAAGGAUGUGGUGAAGCUGAACCCGCACAUUCGAAAUCCCGACCUCAUUCUUCCGAACCAGCAUGUUCGGAUGCGCUGA